GGGGCGGGCAGGGUGGGAUAUACCCGGGUGAGCGGAGCCCCCGGUGCUCACAGCCCGGCGCGGAGCUGCUUCUUCCUAGCCCUGUUCCAGACGAACCUAAUGGCCGCAAGGAAAAGGAGUUUGUGGCACCAUUACCCUGGAGGCCAAAUUGAGUCCAGAAUAUCUACAGCUGCUGGCCUUCUGGCUGAGAAAGGUGUAGAAAUGAUAUUCGAGGAACUAUUAUCUGACGAUGAUGAUGAUGAUGACUAUCGGCCUCAGAGAGGUGCAGAAAAGAUGUUCUUCAAAACCUUAUCUGCAGGUGCUGGCUUUCUGGCUAAGGAAGGUUUAGAAAUGCUAUUUGAAGCAAUCAAAAGGGGAAAUGAGGAGAAGAGCAUGAAAGCCCUGGAAUAUAAGAGAGAUGAAACCUCCCAGGAGCUGAAAGAAACAGUGAAAGCCCUGCAGGAAUGUCUCAAAGAAUUACGGGAGUCCAGACAGCAUGAGCGUGACCUCUUCAAAGCAUACCUGGAGAAGAACCAAGGAAGGGGAAAUGAGGAGAAGACCUCAAAAGCCUCAGAAUCGAAGAGAGAUGAAGCCUCCCAGGAGCACAUGAGAACACUGAAAGCCUUGCAGGAAUGUCUCAAUGAACUAGAGGAGUCCAGACAGCGUGAGCGUCAGCUUCGAGCAAAGCUGGAGAAGAAACAAGCAAAGAAAGAAGAGGAAAAUUCAAUUGCUGAGAUGAUUAGCCAAUUCCGGCAGGUCUUACAAAGAAUUGAAACUCUGGAAGAACGUUUGCAGAAAUCGCCAGAGUCAUCAUAGCAUGAGUUCCAGCUUCUCAGAGCAGACCAGGAGAAGUAACAAGACAUGGAGGAAACUGCCAGCAGCUUCUCUUUGAAUCACUACGUGAUGCAAAACCAGGACAGGUGGUCAUCUCUCAUCUCAAGGAACCCCUGAAGAAAGUAUUUCAACAGGAUACACAGAACAUCAAUGAGUCUCUCAUCCUCUGAAAAACUCAGAUGCUCUUCUGAUCAUAAAUGUCUUUUUUUCCUCAUUGCGUAUUAUGCAUGAAAUAUUAUUUUCAGCUAAAAAAUAUUAUUCUUAUCACUCUGCCAGUGUUACUAACACAAAACACCUCCUCUACAUAUGGAUCCAGCUCACCUGUAUAAGCAAACACAAUAAAGAAUACAGCAGGAA